GUAAGGAAGGGCCAGGGAGGCGAGGAAGACGGAAGGCUGGUUGAGGAGGCAAGAGCAAGAGGGGGAAGGAGGGGGGGAAGGGGGGUGGAAGGGAGGGCAGUAGUGGUAGAGAGACGGAACUAACCGGGGUGGGGAAUUAGCCGGAAGUAGGGAAAGGAGGGUAGUGAGAAGAGGUAAGGAGGGGGGUGUGAGGGUAGGGGAUGGAGGAGGAGAAGAGGCUGGAUUGAGGGGAGAGAGAGGGUUGCAGAGGGAGUAAGAGGGGGAGGGGGUUGAGGAUAGUAUAGGGAGGCGAGAGGGAGGGAGGGAGGGAGGGGCGGUUGCCCUAAGGAACGAAGGACCGGAAGGUUCGGAAAGAGGUUUGGAAAAGGAGGGAAUGUUCUGAGAACGAUCACUGAUUACACGAUGACAGAUCCUCAUCUGUUUUGUCCGUGGGAUGGAACACCUUUCGACGGCGAAGACGCGUCGGUCUGCAAGCUAUGUUCUUGUCCACGAUCCGUCGGAGUUAAGUCGAGCAGACAGAAAGCCACGUGGCGCAAGGUCUUGUAUGCCCGCCAACCUUACGAUGAUAAUUACACUGACAGCUCCUUCCUGGCGUCGUUGAAGACCAAUGCCAAUGUCGUGAAGCGCGAUUAUUGGACGGUGGUGAGGGAGUCUGCAGUUGUCUCUCAGCAGAUCUGCACCGUUGCUUUAGUGGGCACCGUAUCUUGUUACACGCUUAACGAGGAUUUGAACGCUAGUCUGCUGCUGCUGAUAGAUGCGGCGCUCCUGGCCGCCGGAUUUACGGUUCUGCUGGUGCUGGAUGCAAUUCCCUCCACGCUGUCAUGUCAGACUUGCGGCAGGCUGCAGUGUGCAGGAAUGAUAGAGCAGAGUGGACCGGGGCAGGAGGGGGGAGGAGGGGGAGAGCAGUCAAACGCGAAUGUUACGCACAGGGGGGAGGAGAGUAGGGAUUGCUAUUGUUGGCAGAGAAAGGAGGAUGAGGAGGAGGCGGAGGAGGAGGAGGAGGAGGGGGGGGUCGUGGACGGGGGGAAGGAGUACCAGCAUGGGCAUCGCCAACAGCGGAAUAUGAAAGGGGGGAAAGGAGUGGAUCGUGGCGGCGAGGGCGGGAGCGCGGUCACGGCGGCGCGCGCGCAGCAAAGUGCCGGCAGUCUCGCGCUUGGCCCGACGUCAAGUGCUUCGCGGGUCGGGGGCCAAGCUAGGGGAUCCCGACGUGUUGAAAACAACGGUUGUUCACAGAGAAGGCCAUGUGAAGUUGGGAUCCCUGAGGGGAGCAAGAAGAGGUGGAAAGGAGCUUUCUCCAUUGCGCGAGGUGAUGUCUGUGAUGAACGAGAAGCAAGACCUUCCCCUUCUCUUCCUCCUCCUCCUCCUCCUCCUCCUCCUCGUCGUGCGUUGUCUGAUGGCAAAGGGUUGGAGGAGGACGUGGACAGGGAAAGCUGGCGGGUGCACGACGGGACCGCUGCAACACAAGUUGCGGUGCCGUCGACCAGUGGCCCCCAUACAGGCCCUCGCCCUCUCCCCCCUCCUCCUCUUCCUGCUGGCGCUAGAUAUGCGCUAAGUAAUGGGUUGGGAUCGGGAUCGGGAUCAGACUCUGUUUCAACGGGGAACGUUGACGGCCGCCGCGGCAGCGGCCGCGGCGGCGGAUCCGCAAAGCAAAAAUGCAUUGGCCGGAACGAAGCUUCUGAACCUUUUGAGGCGAUUUUUGGUGGGCAUCAUAGCACCGGCGGGGCCAGGAUCACUUCUUCUUCUUCUUCUUCUUCUUCUUCUUCUUCUUCUUCUUCUUCGUGUGCUUCUUCUGCUUCUUCUUAUUCUAAGAAGAGGGGGAGGGCUGCGGUGAUAGGGUUGAUUAGGAAAUGCGAGUUGAGUGGUGGUGUACGUGAGGGCGGGCGUGGUCGAGGCGGCGGCGGCGGGUUUGAGAAGCGUGGGGGUGCGAGUGGGGGUGGGGAUGGAUUAGGGUUUCGGCGAACGAUGGUGAAGAGUUUGUAUGCGUUGCUUCAAAGUGAGGCGUUCUACAGAAAAUUCCAGGGUGUCCUUCAACGACAUGUGUUUGAUUGCUUUCUGUUAAUUGUUGGGGUAUAUGUCCUCUCUCCCAUCUUACAAACCCUCACGAGCUCUAUUAGCCAUGACACUGUAUGGGCUACCUCCAUUAUCCUUGUCUUCAUUCAUUUGUUCUUUCAUGAUUACAGUUAUUCCAACACCGUCACGUCGAAGUUCUCAGGUAAUGUGUCAUUGAACGCUUCCAUUAUCUCGUCUGUGUUGAUUGCUUCGAGGCUUCCGUCGCACGUGCACGUCUUCGCGCUCAUCUUAUUCGCUCUCGAGUUCUUUAUCUUGUUCCCUAUAAUUCGACACCAUGUCCGUCUCUUCUCCACCGACGUGCACCUCAAGAUCUCUAUCCUCAUGAUUGUUGCGUCGACCGCCUUGCUCCUUCCGUUAAGUCGUGUGGUGACCGUUGUCUUCCUCUUGGUCAUCCUGUUCGUCAGUCUCGUUUGCCCCUACUGGCUGAUACGCAUACAGAAGUACAAACACUCGAUCAACGGUCCGUGGGACGAAGCGAAGCCCAGUGUUCAAAUCGAUGGUUGACGUUGUGAGAAGGGAGGUAGGCAGUUCUGCUGCUCUUCAUUGAUUGAUUACUCUGUUUGAAAUUUGAUUGAUUACCUUCUUUUCUUUGAUUGAUUACCCUCUUUUCUUUGAUUGAUUUCCCUCUUUUCUUUGAUUAUGAUUAUCCUUUUUCUUGAUUGCUUACCCUGUUGUUGCGAUCGAUUACCCUCUUUCAUUGAUUGAUUGCCCAGUUAUUGCGAUUGAUUACCCUUUUUCUUUGAUUACCUUUUUUUUUCUUUGGCUGAUUGCCCUCUUUUUCUUUGAUUGAUUACCCUCUUUUCUUUGAUUGAUUUCCCUCUUUUCUUUGAUUAUGAUUAUCCUUUUUCUUGAUUGCUUACCCUGUUGUUGCGAUCGAUUACCCUCUUUCAUUGAUUGAUUGCCCAGUUAUUGCGAUUGAUUACCCUUUUUCUUUGAUUACCUUUUUUUUUCUUUGGCUGAUUGCCCUCUUUUUCUUUGAUUGAUUACCCUCUCUUGGAAUUGAUUACUGUCUUGGAUUGAUUUACCCUGUCUUCGUUAGUGUUUCGUUUAACCCUGUUGGCCUAUUCUCGCAUAGAGGAGUUCCCAACUGUUAAUGAUUGGACUGCGUGGGACGGUGAUGGGGAUGAUGAUGAUGAUGAAGCGAAGCCAAUCAUUGUUUAGAUCGACGGUUGAAAGUGAAGGAAGGUAGAGAGUUUAGGACUUUGGAGUACAGUUGGUGAUCGUUCUUGGUAGAGACGCAAACACAUGCACGCGGGCAAUAACUGUAAGUAGGAGAGAGCAUUCUGCGAACAUUCUGCGAACAUA